UGCAAAGGCGCAGUGACUGUGACUGGAGAGAGAAGGAAGAACCCAUUUGAGAACUCAUCGAUUUGGGGUAAAACAAUACAAUUUCAUCGAAGCAAUAAUGGAUAUACGAACCAUUACACGAGUUAUUAAACUGGUGGGAGAUCAAAUGUCUCGUAUCGAAAACCGGUUUAUGGAAACAGCAAUGUGCUUAGAACUGGAACACACUGACACGGCUGGCUCCAGCGUUUAUAUUCAUAACCUUGUUGAUAACUAAAUUGCAGACACAUGAAAGUGUGAACCAGUCAAGUCACAUAUUGAUUCCUAAAAACAGCUAAAACGAAACCAACUACUACCAUCCUAGCCAAUUCUCUACUCUUCUACAAGUACAAUUGUACAAACCUCUCCCUAGGAAGUAAAGCACAGCUCCCAUGCAUCAUCAUCAGUUAUUCCUCUAUAUUCCGAUAUCUAACUCGAAUCACAAUCGGGAAUGGCGGGGAAAGACAGAAAGAAAAAGAAGAAGAAAAAAACCCAAGAGCCUACUCAAGAAGGAAACCAGGAUAAUGACGAUAUAUAUAAUGACCGAAACGAAAGGCUCAUCUCAUCCUUGUCCUACAGCUUUCAACUACAUGAUGCCGGUUAGCAGGUCGCGACCUCUAGAAAUCUUUGCUGCUCAAGAAACCAUGAUCCAAUGCGUGCCCUAACUGUCAAUGCUCUCACCCACCCUGAAAUGGAACCCUUCUCUUUUGCUUUGUGUUAUUUUGUGGCCGCUAUCCACGGAUUCAUUGAGGAUUUUGGCCAGCCAAGACUUGGUACAUCUGCAUGCUGUGAAGGGAUUGACCUGCAUUGCCGUACAUUCCAGGGCCACCUCGGUUCAAGGAGCUACUACCAUGAUCAUCGGAUGACUCGCUAGACCCUCCUUGAAAAGGAGGGCUGGAUUCUGACACCGGUGCUCUGAAAUUCAACAUCUGGGACGUGGGUGCCAAUGAGGGUCCAGAUUUAGAUUCUUCGGGGGUUGAUUGUUUGCCUUCGGCGACAAAGCUGCCCACUAUGACCUGGUAAGAUUAUGCAGCAACAAACCGCAAGCAAAUUUUAGGUGCAAUGAAGGUUACUACAAACGAGUUUAAAUAUGUGGAUCUAGCAAAGUGGUCGCCGGACUCGCUUAUAUGCAUCACAUUGGAGAUUGAACGCGAUAUAAGACUAAAACACUAAACUCAGCCUAACAAAAUACUGUUACAUUUUACCUCGACAGAAUUUGCUCUUAUAUGGCUCUGCUGUGGCAGCAGCCUAUAAACCAAGUAUGCCACAUCAGCAACACAAUUACGACUAACAUAAGAAAUGAAAAAUGCUAACGGUGACUCAUUAAGACGAAUUUAGAGUGUUAUUAUCAUUUGAUGUAUUGUAAUGCAUUAGGAAAAUAUCUCGUUUGAAGGUUUAGAUUGUGUUUUUGUUGUAAAGCCAUAAAAGUUAAUUUUGAGUGAUUGUGAAGAAUCUCUACUUUUUGUUGAGAUUGAUAAUCCCUCAAUUUUGAGUGAUUGUGGUGGGGCCUCCAAAAUGUUAAUGCAUGUAUUCUAGUUCAAUAUAAGCAAAAAAAAAACGAUUGAAUCUCACAAAAACAUGAAUUAGCUCAAUACACCAUUUGAAAUCACAAGUUCCAAACGACCCCUUAGUUGUCUCCAACACAGAGUUCGAUGCCCAAUUCGAAACACAUAAGCGAGAUGGAAGGCGAAAUUGGUGAUUGGCAGGAUUCAAUUAAUAUAACGGAUAACCUACUAAACAUGAUUUACACAGGUAAGCCAACUCAAGCAACCAGUUAGAUCCAAAUCAAUCUAUUUAUGGAUUCGGGAUAUAUCCGUUCUGAAGAAUAGAGGUUAAACUGAGAAGAGCAGAGAGAAACAGAAGCUAGCAUACCUGCACAGGUGUUGCUGCCAUUAACAUUCCAGCUACUCCACCACCCAAAACUCGACCAUCUGAUCCGGCCAAUGAAACACUCAAAUCGCCAUGUCUACUCCUAUUACCAUUAUUUUCAGAAAGCCAGAAGGAACCCGAUAAAGAAAUUAUUUCAAAUCGCCCCUGCAAACAAAAAUACAAGGUUUAAGGUCAGAUGUAUUUCCACUACAGAGAACGUUGAGGAUAUGCUGGACUAUGAUUUAGGGCACAGAGUGGAAUAUUAAGCAACAGUACAAGAUACUCCAGCACUUCAAAUAGGAAAGCUUCUUCAAAAUCAUGUAUGCAUACCAUCACAAUGAAAUCAAAGCUAAUCAUCAAUUUACAUCCCCAGAUAUCUUGACGAUUACAGUUCUAUCAUUUGCAUACCAUCACAAUGAAAUCAAAGCUAAUCAUCAAUUUACAUCCCCAGAUAUAUUGACGAUUACAGUUCUAUCAUUUGUAUUCUCCCUUCCAAAUAUUCGAUCAAGAUACCAAGCUACUGGGUGCAAAAAGAGCUCUGUUUCAAUCUUAAUAUUUUUUAGCUUAAACAUAUCGUUCUAGGUAGCCUUAACUCUUUACAAUUUAAUCUUGGACAUAGCUUUCUAAGAAUCCUAAACUUUUUAGUGCUUCUCUUGGGCAUAGCAAGUUAGUAGGUUUCCUUGCCUUCUUCACCGGUUAAAUAUAACCCACAAGUGAGACAUAUUUUUAUGUUAAACUUGAUCGGUUCAAGAAAAUUAUUUCAGACAUGAAACACACCUCAUAUGUCACAGUGCCACCAGUCACUGCAGGUUGGCGAAGGGUCACAUUGCAUAUGGCCCCAUUUGCUGAGAGAAUACAUACAGUUCUCGGGCCUUGCUGGGAAAAAGAAUAAAUCUUUGAAGCAAUAUCCUGAAAUACAGAAGAUCAUAGGAG